AUGUUGCCCGUGCACGUCGACGACGGGCUGUGCGAGGGCGCCGCGCUGGAGGACGAAGACACGGACGGCGCGACGCUGGACGAUGGCACGGGCGAGGACGACGGCGCGGGGGACGACGACGAGGAGGGCGCGGAGGAGGACGAUGCCGACGAGGAGACGGAAGACGAAGCAGAGGGCGACACAGAGGGCGAAGCACUCGAGGAGGCGCUCGACGACACGCUCGGUGCGACGCUGGAAGACGCGACGCUGGAGGACGACGCAACGCUUGAGGACGCGACCGAAGAGGAUGCUACCGAGGAAGAGGCAACCGAAGACGAGGCGGCGCUGGACGAGGCGCUGGAAGAGGCGACGCUGGAGGACGCAACACUUGACGAUGCGACCGAGGAAGAUGCGACCGAAGACGAGGCCGAAGACGACGCAACGCUGGAGGAAGCCACCGAGGAGGACGCAGCACUGGACGACGCAACACUGGACGACGCAACACUGGACGACGCAACACUGGACGACGCAACACUGGACGACGCAACACUGGACGAGGCGACGCUGGACGAGGCGACCGAGGAGGACGCAACACUGGACGACACGGCCGAAGACGAGACAGACGGAGCCACGGACGACGAGGCAGACGACGACGGCACGACGCUGCUGGACGGCGAGGACACAACCGAAGAAGACGAUCCAACCGAGGACGGGCCGACAGAAGACGAUGGACCAACUGAAGACGACGAGCCAACCGAGGACGGGCCCGCCGAAGACGACGACGGUUUGGGCUUGCAGACGGAGCCGACGGCGGCGCCGGCCCAGGUCAGGCCGACGGUCAAAGUAACGAACGACGAGGGUGGCGAGAGGGACGAGCAAAGAGGAGACGCUGUGCCGGAGAGGAAAGGGAUCGUCACGGCUUUUGUAGUUUGGGCCGAGACGGGGAGACGAAAAGGAGAGACAGUAUCCUACGAGACCCACGUCUUACUCGAUCUCCUACCCGACCAUCUACGACUGUCUACGACUGUGGUGCCGAGAGACCAUGACCAAAGGGCGCAUAUUGAUAUUGGAAACGAGGCAAGGCAAGCCUCGUUCUGCAGCCCACAGCGCGCUGUGACAGACGGGAAUACGCACGCCUUCAUGCCUUCAUGA